CCCGCCGUCUCCUCUUGAGGCCUAAGUACCGUUCGGCUUGGGAGGAGGCCGGAAAAGAUUUUAGUUAUUUCUGGUGUUUGAUGAAGAGACCUGGGAGGAGAUGGUUUACACGGCUCAGGGUACACGAGGGGUUCUCUGAAAUAGAAGUAAAGCCUAUUUGUGUACGGCACGAAGGGGAGCGCUCUCGGAGGGCUGGCGCACCCCGAUAGUAGGUGUGCCGCGGGGAGCCCUGCGUUUUCCUCGCCGAGCUUUCCGAGGCGGACGGGGCAGCCCCAGCCCCGGGAAUCACCCGCGGAGCCCCGUAAGCGGCAAGUUCCGAUUCAGACCUCGUGCACUUCCUGCACGGUCGCGGAGGAUGCGGAGGCUGCUCGGCCGCGCUAGGAAGCCAGAUUCUCAUGGAGAACUGUUAUUGAAGAGAAGUCUGUUUGGUGGGAUGUAAUAAAAAAAAUGAAUCAAGAUAAAACUUCUCAAUGCAAGUUCCAGAAAAAUUACAACAUAUCUCAGUGAAUUUGCAAGUGGAUUGUCUUCCUUGUGGGUUCGCAAGCAGUAGGACUGCAAAAUGGGUCUCCGGAUUCACUUUGUUGUUGACCCACAUGGUUGGUGCUGCAUGGCUUUGAUUGUCUUUGUCUGGCUGUACAAUAUUGUUUUAAUUCCCAAAAUUGUUCUCUUUCCUCACUAUGAAGAAGGACACAUUCCAGGCAUAUUAAUAAUAAUAUUCUAUGGCAUUUCCAUAUUUUGUCUGGUUGCCUUGGUGAGGGCCUCAAUAACUGACCCAGGAAGACUCCCUGAAAACCCUAAGAUCCCACAUGGAGAAAGGGAGUUCUGGGAGUUAUGUAACAAGUGUAAUUUGAUGAGACCAAAGUGUUCCCAUCACUGCAGCCGCUGUGGCCACUGUGUGAGGAGAAUGGAUCAUCACUGUCCAUGGAUAAACAAUUGUGUUGGUGAAGAUAAUCAUUGGCUUUUUCUGCAGUUGUGUUUCUACACUGAACUUCUUACUUGCUACGCACUGAUGUUUUCUUUCUGCCACUAUUAUUACUUUCUUCCACUAAAAAAGCCUAAUUUGGACCUCUUCGUUGUUAGACAUGAAUUGGCCAUAAUGAGACUAGCUGCCUUUAUGGGCAUUACUAUGUUAGUUGGGAUAUCUGGACUCUUUUAUACUCAACUAAUUGGCAUCAUUACAGAUACAACAUCUAUUGAAAAGAUGUCAAACUGUUGCGAAGAAAUAUCGAGGCCCCGAAAGCCAUGGCAGCAGACCUUCUCAGAAGUUUUUGGCACUCGUUGGAAGAUCCUGUGGUUCAUUCCUUUCAGGCAGAGGCAACCACUGCGAGUUCCCUACCACUUUGCCAAUCAUGUCUAAACAGAUGGAUGGUGGGCACAGAUGGGUCCUCCAUGCUGGAAAUGCGUUACAGGUUUUAUGAUAAUAGAACUAUGACAGUCUUCAAGUCAAUUAAAAUCCACCCACCAAUCUUAGGCAUCAUAAUGUGCCCCAGGCAUUAUUUUAAUAGUGAUCUUGAUCCUGUUGUGGGACUAAUACAAGAUCUAUAUUUAAGUUUUAAAGCAUGUUUACUUUCAAAUUAGCUUCCACCAGGAUUUCUUUAAAUGCCUUUUUAUUAACCUUAAAAGGCAAGGAUUGGGAUGAAACAAUUGUACAUAAAUUUCUUUUAGUACUGACAGUGUUAUAGCUUUUAAUUUAUGGAAAAUGUCAUAUGUUUAUUAAAAAUUUUUUAAGCAGUACUAACCUAAAUCUGAAAACCAGUUCUUCAGAUUUUACAAAGUACCUUCUUAUGUAUAAAUUUACUUUUUCAAAUACAAGUUAAAUACUACUUCCUUUUAUAUGUGCCGAAAGAUUUUUUUAAAUACAGCCGAGAAGUGCUCAACAACAAAGGGCAGUGUUUUCUUAGGAGUCGCUUCCCAGUGUUUCGCCUUUUCUUUCCACCAAAACCAAAAUGUAAACACCCUUGAAGUAAACCACCAAUGCCCUAUCUUAUUGUAAGAAAAGAUUACUUUUUCUCACAUCAGUUUUUCAUUUCUCUUCCCUUUACUGCUGUAAUAUUUGUUCCCAGGAGAAAAUUUGUGAGCAGUGGGCAUGUAUUCAUAUUUUACCCUAGGAUUUAAUGAACAAAGAGGGUAGAAUAUUUGCAAUAAUUCUAGUUCAGUUAUAUUAGAAUGCAUAUGUUUUAAAAAUGCUAGCAUUACUAGAUGAUAUGUGAUAUACAGUAUAAAAAAGAAUAUUGUGCUUUUAAAAUGUAUAUACUUCUUACUUUUGUCUACUAGUAAAUCUAAAAUUAUGCACUGAAGGUUUAUACAUAAUAGGAACUGGUCAACUCAUAUUGAAGUUUUAUUUAUAGAAUGUUAGUAGAAAAGUAAGUCACUAAUGUUCAGGUUUUGAUAUCAAACUGAAGUUAAAUUUCUAUUCAGCUAUAAUUUGCAUUGUUAUAGAGACCUUUUAUUAGAAGCUAAUGUUAGGAAAUGACCUUAACCUAAGAAAAUAUUAUUAUCUGUAUCAUUAGCCUUACACAGAUUUAAAUUGCUGAUAGUGAUGGUCUCUUGGAAAGUAUAUAAAAAAUUUGUGUGAAAUGACAUUUAGCUUUGGAAAAAUAUCAGAUUUAAAUUUUUUUCAUUAGAAUACUGCAAGCCCAUAUAUGUUUUGAACAUUUUAUGUAGUCUCCCUCUUUGCUCUGAAAAGAAGAUUGAAUCUAUUGGUCGUGAACUAUAUUCAUAAUUUUAUUGUAUUUUUGAAAGUAAGGAAUCAUACCUGGAAAAACAAUGAAAUAGAAUGUUAUUGUUGUCAAUUAUAGUAGGCUAGUUUUUGCAGAAACUAUAAAUAUUCUACAAAAAUACUCUAAAAUAGUAGAAUAAGUUCAUAAAUAUUAAUAUCAUGCUUUCAGAUCUUAAUUAUGCUUUAUUAUUUAAAAACAGUAGUGUCAGAUGAAAGUAUUUAUUUGUGCUGAUGAGAUGCACAGUAUCUAAUAUAAGAAGUAUAUUUAUAAAGCUUAAUGAAACAAAAUCAAUAAGUUUCUUUUAGGCAACAGAGUUGAAUUUUGUGUAAACUAAUUGACCAAAUUUGACUAGUGACAGAACUGUUAAAAUUUAUUAAUAUAUAUAUAAUGUAGGUAGAUAUAAAUUGAUGGCCUUAUGUUAUAUAUUUCCUUUCACACAAGGACCUUGAGAAGAAUAGUAGGACCAAGUGAAGACCUCAAAAAGUGCUUUAUGGACAUAUUUAUAUUUCUGCAGAAAAAGUACUACAGUGAAAAUUGGGGAGGUCUCUUUCUCAUUGUGAGGAUUUGUCUUUGUGGGUUUAUUUGUUUAGAUUUUACUCUUGGAGGGCAGUCUCUUCUUUCUCUUUAUCCUCUCUGGUCCUGAUCUCUUUGUAAGGAGUAUCUUUUACAUUGUUGGACUAUAAACUAAUGCACUAGACAAGUCAAUGCUUAUUUUGUUUGCUCUGCAGAAAUGCUACAUAUCAACAUAGUUACAUAAGAAUCUAUGUUAAAGUAUAUAUAUAUAAAUAUAUGUUAUUUAUGCUGUAACUUUCAGUAUUCUCAAGUUAUUCUCUUAGUCCUAUGAUGGGAUUUGUAAGUGUUAGAUUAUUGGAGAGAAGCCACUUGACAUUUUCUUGGGUAUUAUAGUCUGGUGUUCUUUCUGCGCCCUCUUUUGGCUAAUUGAUGUAAUUAUACUGGCUCAAGGGGUUUCCUGUUUCAUGAGUGAAUUGUAAAGCCAAGGUCAGAGGUACACAGGAGUGUAUAUACAAAAGUGAAUUUGUUACUGUUUCCGAUGUUAUUUCUACUUCAACUGAAUGCAGUGAUUUUGCUUCAUUUAUGUAUAUUUUAGUGUCAUUUUUACUAUAAGUAACAACUUCAUACUAGUUUAGGAUAAACUAAGCUAUUUCAUGUAUUUUACUUUAAACCUUGUUUUGACAAAUUAUAUUUUAGUAGAAGGAAAAAUAUUCCUUUUUAAAUUACCAGCUUAUUACAAAAUAUAGAAAUUUAUUAUACAAUGGCAAACAAGUAUCUACUAUUUUAUUAAUUAUCUAAGAAAGUUUAUUUAGUUUUUUUCCCUGUGAAAAGUUGGGAACUUUUAAAACUGGAUCUAUUUCCAUAAAUCAACUAAUCUUUAAUUAGUAGUUCUACCUGUGCUCUUGGGGUUUUUUUUGUCCUUUUUUAACUUUUCCAGUAUCUUCAAUAGCCCAUUUACCAUCUUUUCAGAAAAACUCUGAAUAUAACUAUAAGGGUUUUAGCAUUUGGAGGUAGUUAUGAGCAGGUAGAUUACUGGUGUAGUCUGUGUACUAUUUGAAGUAUUUAUACAUUUUUCAUUAAAUAUUAGCAAAAAGUUGAUUAAAUGGUGUUUUUUACAUUAUCAAAGUCAUUUACUGGGCUUCUGGAAAUGAAAUGAUUUUACCAGGGUACAGUUAUCCUGACUGAAAAGUUAGUCAUUGUUUUCUGUAAACAAAAAAGUUCCUGAGCUCCAUGUAAGACUCAAGACCACAGGCUAAAGCAGACCGAGCUGAGACUCCAGCCAAUAGUAGGCAUUCAGUUAGAGAUCUCCUGGUACUUUGUAACCUAGACUUAGAAUUCAUAAACGUCAAGGUAGCUGAUAUUCCUUUACAAUAAAAAUACCAUUUUGGUUAAGAAUGUAACCUAAAAAUAUUUGCUUAACCUAAAAGACAGCCAUUUAAAUCAUAGUUGAGACACAUAAACCUUUUUCAGAAUUUUUUUAAAAAAACAUUUAACGGUAAAGAAGUAAGGACUUAAAGUCUGGUUCCGAGGUAGAGCACAUGUAGACACUGGUCUCAGUCCCCAGUAUGGGUAAAAAAAUGAAGUAGACACCAAAAGCCUACAUAAAAUUCAGUAUUAAAAACUGAGUUAAAACUUCCAUCAGAAUUUAAAUGAGUGCAUUUUUACUGAUGAAGAGGUUUUUUUUUUUUAAGAUAAUAGUAGCAGGUUCCCACUAUUGUCAUCAGAUUUUCAGCUCACUUCAAUCUGAGUAGGUACUUGAAAAUACAUUUUGCCCAAAGGGUAUAUUGAGUCUAAAUGCUGAUAUUUAAAAGCUCAAAUGAGGAUAACACUGCCGACCAGGAAGUACAAAUUAAUCCAUAUUACAGUCACACAAUUUUUUUGUGUGCUAGAUCAUGGGGCAGUUUGAAUAUUCUAUAAAGUAAAAUGUUCUGUAAAAUCACAACAUGUGUAGCUAUAGCUUAAUAUGACAUUGAUAUUUAUUAACUGAGAUAACUAGUUUCUCUUUGGGCUUUCUCUAUUCUCAGCACUUCUCUUGUGCUUCAUGUGUGAAUUGCUUACCUAGCUCAAGUUUACUAAACUAUAGUUACCCCAUUAAGUAAGUUUUAAUAUUACUUCUGAUAUGCAGAUAUAUCUAGAAUUACUAAUAAAAUUAAGUAGUUUACAAAUAGAUACAAAUAGUAGAUUUCACUAACUCUAUUAUUGCUUUUAAUAAAAGUGCUAACAAAUGUAGUUAGUAAGUCAUGUAUAUUUAGUGUGCCCUGCUUGCUUGUAUUAUUAAUCACAUAAUUAAUGAAUGGUAUAUUCUUCAGUGCCCACAUUUGUUGACUUUUAUUGUUGGAGUCAUCAUUCGGGUUUAUAUAUAAAUCAAAAAUUUUAGUGUGCCAUCUUUUUUCAUUUUUAAUUGAAUUCUAGAAUAUUUUAGAGUAGAACAUGAGAAAGUGUUACAGCCUACUUGCUUGAAGUAUUUUGUACAAGUAUUAUUAUUUACUGUAUCUAUAUUUAGCAUUUCUGCUACAGUUGGGGUAAUGAUGGUUAGCUUUAGGAAAAUGACUUUUCUCACACUUCUUUCCUAUCAUUUCACAGUUUAAAAAAUAACUACAUUAUUUGCAUUUUUUGGAUGUUGGAAUAUUACCCAGUAGUGCUAAAUUGAAAAAGAAAUAACAAUGAUAUUUGAACUUGAUAUUACAGGUAAUUUUUCCAUAUCAUAUCUUUUUAUUUUACCACAUCCUUUUUCUUUUGUCUGCUUGUAGAGAACAGGUACAGAUGAGUAAUGUGUAUCCAGAAAAUUGGAUUAGUAGAGUAGAAAAAGUUCAAAAGAUGAAGAGAAGGCUAUCUAGCAUGGAUAAUCAACAUCUCAGAACAGAGUUGACAUGAAACAGCUGCUGUGAGCUCAAGCAUCUCCUUCCUGUAGUCAUUGUAGCUUCAUCUCUUAUCACUACAUACAGUGUUGCUGUAAGUUAUUCCUACAAGUAAGCAUUUAGAGUUUUUUAAAUCUUAAGUCAAUAUUCUUUUUUCUCAGAAAUUUCAGAAAUUAUUUCAUUUUAAGUAAGUAACAGUGUAGUGCAUCUUUACAAUAUUAAAAAUGAUGUGAAAAAUGCAGCUAUUUGGUGCAGAGGAGAGAAAUGACAAGAUUACCCUAAGCUUGAUAAACCUGGAAGCUUUCUGGGGGUCUCUUUUCCCAAAGAGAUAAUACUGUUAAAAGGAAAUUUGCACCUGAGGAACCUUUUGUAUAUAAAGAUGUCUUACACUUUAACAUUUGGAAUGUUUUGGAAUACUUGAGGCCUCAAAGGUGUUCACUGUUGUCAUUUUGAAUUUCUUAGACAUAAAUUAAUGCUUUCCAGAGUUGAUGGACCCUUCUGGUUUCGAUAGUAAUAGCUUUAUAUGUAAACAAAUGUGUAGACAAAACAGCAACAACAAAAGAUGAUUCUUUCUUGUGGGUUUGCCUGCCUGUUAGACUUAAUACAGGGUUGAAUCGUUUGUAGGCUGUUCACUAAAGGGAAGAUGUCUGCAUAUAGCAAGUUCUGCAUUCUUGCCAGUGUGUGCAUAGGUGACAUUUUUUAUCCACUGGUGCCUGAAGUUAGUGAUUUACAACCUCAACAACUAAAAUAUCCUGGUGCUAUUCACUUUAGCAUAGAGUGACAUUUUUAAUUCCUGUACCAAAGAGUUCCAUUUUCUUCUCACAUCUUUUGUGUUUUCAAUAAGCAAAUGGUACUAAGGACAGUUUGAUGGUCAGAUCUUAACCUUUUGCAUUAGCUGCCUCAGUUUAAUUAGUUAUAAGUGUUGCUUAUUUGUACUGAAUUUAAAAUUCAGUGUAGGUAGGUUAGUUUGGUCUUUAAAUGUGUACCUUAAUAUAGCUUGGCUAUUUUCAAGGGUAAUUUAAUAGGCUGAAAUUACAAAAGAAUUGAAGCAAUUUCAUAAGAAUUUUUCAUUUAUAUUUCUGCUGCAAUGAAAAACAACUCAACUUUUAUUUCUGCAAAUGUAUUGUGUAUUAUUGGGCACUUUUAAGGACUACUAAAACACAAUGCUAAAGUGGAGUGUUGGUAAUGGGUCCUGUUUGAUUACUAAUCAAGAAUUCAUGAUCUCUUAAUGUGUGCAUAGCUUUAGUGGCUUUAAAGAAUGAUUUUUUAAAAUCUGUUUUGGUGAUAAAAGUAAAAUGAAAGAAACUUUCAUAUCUAUACUUCCCCAAUAGAAAAUACACAUGUACCAUGAUUUAAGCAAAACUGCUAAUUGAACAUUGAAGUUUACAAAAAAAGAAAAGAAUGCCUGGAUAUUAAGAUCACUGUACCUGAAAUUUUUGAAUAAGAUUAUUUUAAAAUCUAAUUUUGCUUAGUGAUUCAUUUUACAGCAGUGGAGGAAGUUACCUUUUAAAUGUAAUUGUCUAGUUGUGAUAUUGCUAUAUAGAUUAAUUUCUUCUUUCUAAAUUCUAAAAUAAACCAAAACUCAUUCAUUUAGUGUCCUUAAAAAUGGCUGAAAUUUUGAAAUGGUUUUUCAUUAUUGAUUAUUAAAAUCAAUCCCUUCUUGAAUGUAGAUAUAAUAUAUGGUUUUGCAGUGAAUUCUGAAUG